UCUGCUUUUCAUCUGCUGUUCCUCUGCUCUCAUCAGCCUUCCUGGCAGCAAUCUCAUCACCAUUCCUGGCAGCAAUCUCAUCAGCUUCCUGGCAGCAAUCUCAUCAGCAUUCCUGGCAGCAAUCUCUGGUUACUGAGGGAUGCUUUCACACCUGGAUGUCAUCAGAUUCUCAGCUCACACGGCCCCUUAUUCACCAAGCUCCAAAACAUGGCUUCUCUCUCUCCUCCGUGUGCCAAACCCUACCUCUUCAUGAAUAUACAAAUAUCUAUGCAGUCU